UUCAUACCACAAAAGAAACCAAGAGCUCUCAAACAAAACAGCCUUUUCCAGAAGAACAAAACACCCCCAAAAACUGCAAGAAAAAAGGAUCUGUAGUCCAUCUUCAAGAUAUGUCUCUUCCUGAAACUAAAUCUGAUGUCCUUCUUGAUGCUUGGGACUUCCAAGGCCGCCCCGCCGAUCGCUCAAAAACUGGCGGCUGGGCCAGCGCCGCCAUGAUUCUUUGUAUUGAGGCGGUGGAGAGGCUGACGACAUUAGGUAUCGGAGUUAACCUGGUGACGUAUUUGACGGGAACUAUGCAUUUAGGCAAUGCAACGGCGGCUAACACCGUUACCAAUUUCCUCGGAACCUCUUUCAUGCUCUGUCUCCUCGGUGGCUUCAUCGCUGAUACCUUUCUCGGCAGGUACCUAACGAUUGCUAUAUUCGCCGCAAUCCAAGCCACGGGUGUUUCAAUCUUAACUCUAUCAACAAUCAUACCGGGACUUCGACCACCAAGAUGCAACCCAACGACGUCGUCUCAUUGCGAACAAGCAAGUGGAAUACAAUUGACGGUCCUAUACUUAGCCUUAUACCUCACCGCCCUAGGAACGGGAGGCGUGAAGGCUAGUGUCUCGGGUUUCGGGUCGGACCAAUUCGAUGAGACCGAACCAAAAGAACGAUCAAAAAUGACAUAUUUCUUCAACCGUUUCUUCUUUUGUAUCAACGUUGGCUCUCUUUUAGCCGUGACGGUUCUUGUCUACGUACAAGACGAUGUUGGACGCAAAUGGGGCUAUGGAAUUUGUGCGUUUGCGAUCGUGCUUGCACUCAGUGUUUUCUUGGCCGGCACAAACCGAUACCGUUUCAAGAAGUUGAUCGGUAGUCCGAUGACGCAGGUUGCUGCGGUUAUCGUGGCAGCGUGGAGGAAUAGGAAGCUCGAGCUGCCGGCAGAUCCGUCGUAUCUCUACGACGUGGACGAUAUUAUUGCGGCGGAAGGUUCGAUGAAGGGUAAACAAAAGCUGCCACACACCGAGCAAUUCCGUUCAUUGGAUAAGGCAGCAAUAAGGGAUCAGGAAGCGGGAGUUACCUCGAAUGUAUUCAACAAGUGGACACUCUCAACACUAACAGAUGUUGAGGAAGUGAAACAAAUCGUGCGGAUGUUACCAAUCUGGGCAACAUGCAUCCUCUUCUGGACCGUCCACGCUCAAUUAACGACAUUAUCAGUAGCACAAUCCGAGACAAUGGACCGUCACAUCGGGAGCUUUGAGAUCCCUCCAGCAUCGAUGGCAGUCUUCUACGUCGGUGGCCUCCUCCUAACCACCGCCCUCUAUGACCGCGUCGCCAUUCGCCUAUGCAAAAAGCUAUUCAACUACCCCCAUGGUCUUAGACCGCUUCAACGGAUCGGUUUGGGGCUUUUAUUCGGAUCAAUGGCUAUGGCUGUGGCUGCUUUGGUAGAGCUAAAACGUCUUAGAACCGCGAAUGCCCAUGGUCCAACGGUCAAAACACUUCCUCUAGGGUUUUAUCUACUCAUCCCACAAUAUCUUAUUGUCGGUAUCGGCGAGGCAUUAAUCUACACGGGACAGUUAGAUUUCUUCUUGAGAGAGUGCCCUAAAGGUAUGAAAGGGAUGAGCACGGGUCUAUUGCUGAGCACAUUGGCAUUAGGGUUUUUCUUCAGCUCGGUUCUCGUGACCAUCGUCGAGAAAUUCACCGGGAACGCUCAUCCAUGGAUUGCCGAUGAUCUCAACAAGGGACGUCUUUACAAUUUCUACUGGCUUGUGGCCGUACUUGUCGCCUUGAACUUCCUCAUUUUCCUCGUUUUCUCCAAGUGGUACGUUUACAAAGAAAAAAGACUAGCUGAUGUCGGGAUUGAGUUGGAUGAUGAGCCGAGUAUUCCAAUGGGUCAUUGAUCAUGAUCAUGAUGAUGAACACUGUGCAUGUCUAUGUUGAUAUGUUUGAAUUUGAUUUUGAGUUUUGUGGUAUAUUUUUAUGAUGCUUUUUCUUAAUUACCUCUUGUUUCCGAGUCGACAAAUAAUGGACCGACCGAUAAGGGAUAAAAGUUAAAGUUUUCCCAUCAGGUUCUGUAUAAAAGCAGAAAUUGUAA